AUGUCGCGAAGUUUCCUGGUGGACUCGCUGAUCGGCAACAAUUCGCCACCUUCUUACCCGUUGCCUUAUUAUGGGAACCAGUUGCCCAGUUAUAUGUUCAAUUUCUUCAAUCUGGGACUGGGUUAUCAACCGAUCAGACCGGUACCAAGGCCGCCCGCCUUGCCUGUCCCGGUUCCAAUCAGCCCGCCAGCAUUGGGGAGCUUGCCUGUUGUCGGACAGAGCCCUCCGUCGCCUCUGAACACUUCGACGAGCAGAUUGUCAGAUGUUUCAGCCCCGAGCGAGUCACCGUCGCGCAACAGCACCCCAACACCGCCACCAAAGUCCCCAAACUCUAUGAACAACAGCUCGAAGAGGAUUCGAACCGCGUUCACGAGCACCCAGCUGUUGGAGCUGGAACGCGAGUUCAGCUCGAACAUGUAUCUAUCCCGACUCAGGCGGAUCGAGAUCGCCACGAAUCUGCGGUUGUCCGAGAAACAAGUGAAGAUCUGGUUCCAGAACCGUAGGGUGAAGUACAAGAAAGAGGAUCUGCCCGCGGGUCAGAGCCAGAAGUGUUGCUGUCUGAGGACCUGUGGGAAGAAGAAGGACGGCUGCGAGGAUUCGUCGAACCGGAAGUGCGAACAGGAGGAUGAGAGAUCACCGAAGAACGAGAAGACAGAGACUGCUGAUAAGAUCGCGGAGGUUACCUGUCACGAAGAAUCCUCGAACCCCAUUGCGGAUCGGUUCGAGCAAUCGAUCCCGUUGCACGUAGAGAAUUCGCGAUUCCAUCAAAAUAUCGAGGAGAAAUUAAAUCUUCCGAGGGUCAGUCCGGUUUUGGAGCGUCCCGGCUACGAGAUAGAGGCGUACAAUUUGUCCAGAGGCUUGAAGAGAACGAUCGGCGAGCAGCGGGACGAGCCGGACGAUAAAAGGAGACGGAUCGACGGGUCGGUCGUUUAUCAGAACCCAAUCCCGGACGCUAUCUCUGGUAACGUGUUCAGAAACGUGGGAUGCAUCAAGCACACCGUGGAUAGAAUCGUGAAUUCGUAG